AAAUACACCAAGUAGUUGAUCAGAGUGGUUUGAGCUUUGCAAGUGUUCCGAAUUGCCUGAUUAAAGUUGUCCCUGGUUCAAGGAGAAAAGGUCGGCACUAGAAAACACAAUCGUUGGUUUGCUCACUGAUUAAAGAGCCCCUAUCUUUUUUACUCCACUAUUCAUCAAGCUUGAUCACUAAUCGAACCAUGUCCAAGAUAAGGAAAGGUAUAAGCUAUGUGUUGGGUGAUGAUAACACCAGUGAGAAUCACAUUCUCCCGAUUAAUGCUAUUCAAUUCAGUCGUCAUUUUCAAAAAUUGUAUACUGGAGGUAGAGACGGGACGGUGAAAGAGUGGAAUCCCGAAAAUGGUAUAUUGAAUCCAGUACCUCAACGACUUGAUUCAGAUAUUCAAAGUGAAGAUCAAUUUGAAUUCAAUGAUAACUAUGUUUAUAGUAAUGAUCCAAAUACUGGGGAAAUAGAUCAAGAUAUUGACGAAAAAGUAUUAAAACUAGAAACUUCGAUUAGUUCAAAUCCUCUACCUUAUGAUGCUCCAUAUCUCAAAUACGAAUCCCAACAAACUAACAAUUACAAUAUCCACUUUGAUUGGAUUAAUGAUUUAAGAUUGGUGAAUAAUGAUCAGCAAUUGGUUUCUUGUUCGUCGGAUCUUUCGCUCAAGUUGAUCGAUUUAACUUCUUCUCCUUCUAGUUUGGAAAAUAGUAUGACUAGUUUGAAUUCUGACCAAAAUAAUGGUGUGAUUCACCGGUUCCCCAAUGUCCAUACUGAUUACGUUAAAAAACUUUCCUAUAUAGAACAAGAUAACCAAAUUGUCAGUGGUGGUUUAGAUGGACGAAUUGUGAUUUGGGAUCUUAAUCUUUUAAAGCCAAUCGAUGAAUUUCAAAACGUUGCUAGUAAUACCUCACUUCCUUCUUCAGUUUACUCUCUUUCAAAUAAUAAUGCCAACUUGAUUGGUACUGGUGGUCCAAAUAAUACUAUCAACCUAUAUGAUAAACGUGCUAGUCAAUCUAGUAACAGUCAUCUUAUUCGUAAACUUAUAGGUCACCAGGAUAAUGUUCGUUGUUUGCUUAUGAAUGAUAAUUUCAUCCUAAGCGGAUCCUCAGAUACUACUUUGAAAUUAUGGGAUUUACGUAAUUUUAAAGUUUAUAAGAAUUUCGAAGUACAUGAUUCUGCUGUUUGGAGUCUUGCUUCUACUGAAGACUUUAAAGUUUUUUAUUCUGGUGACAAAUCGGGAAAUAUACUUAAAACUGAUUUAUCUUACCUUUCUACAAAUGUUAAUAAUGACUUAUUUUCAAAUAAUGAUUUUUUCAAUCUGACUGAUACUUCUGCAGUUGAUGAAAAAUUAGGUAUUUCUACUUUGAUUGCUAAAAAUGAUUAUCCAAUAUUAUCCUUAUGUAUCGAAUCUCAAUAUCAAGAUAAAGUUAAGGAAACUUCUUUGUUUGCCCUGACUUAUUCUUCCUUGAAUCGUUAUCAUGUACCAAACACUGAUCAGCUUUCCCGUUAUCAAUAUUUGAGAUCGUAUUUAGAUUAUUCCAUCAAUCAUCACGAUAAUGAUGAACUUGUGGCAACUGGAUUAAUCGAUGGUACAACUGCAGCUGUCUCCGAUACAAAUGACUUGAAUUCCGAUUUUUAUGAUAUCGUAAGUCAUUUAUCUAUGGAUACUAAUAAUUUCGACAUUCAAUCGUCGUUAUCUGGUGGUGCAGGUGGUGCUACUGUAUUCUCUCACGGUGAGGUUGAUAAAGACUUGGAAAGUUCUGCCAAUGAUCAUAAUGAAUAUAACUCAAUGUUUUUGAAUAUCAACGGAGGUGGACCUUCAAUGGAAUUUGUAAAUACAUUGAAAAAAGAAUUAUCUCAAAAGGCAAAUCAAAAUCCAAGAAUUGAUGAAACUCCAAUUGAAAUUUUAUUGAAUCCAAUACCAACUCAACAAGUUGAGAUAAUCCCCUUCAAUAAGACGCCUAUUGAUCAAUUCGAGUUAACUCCAAAAAGUAUCAUUUCGAAAAAGAUGUUCAAUAAUAAAAGAUGGAUGUUGGUUUUAUAUUUGAAUGGGGAUAUCAAAAUAUGGGAUAUAUUUAUUUGCAAAGAAAUAAAAACUUUUAACACAUCAAUCAAUAAUAAGCCGAUGUCAAAGGAUUUAUUAGAGAAAAAACUUAAAGAAAUGGAAAUCAUUUUUCAAGAGUAUCAAACCACUGAUACUUUAAACAAUUGGUGUGAAGUUGAAAUCAAGUCAGGGAAAUUGUUUGUAACAUUAAAAGAAACUUCAUUCAAUAAUCUUGAAAUUUACUAUGACGAAUUAAUUUCACAGUAUCCUUUCCUUGAUUUCAAUCAUCCUGAUAAUAUUGCAAAUAAAAAGAAUCAAAAAGUUAAGGUCACCCCUGACGAUCGCUUCUAUGCUUCAAGAAUAUUAUUAAAUUCGUUGCUUCAUCUGUAUGCAUUAUACGAAUGGGAAUUUGAUAAACACUUGAGAGAAGAAUUGAGAAACUCAAGGCCAAAAUCUAAAGGGUUGCAACUUGGUGGUUUCAAUAACGGGAACGACCAAGCUGGCUCAGAAUCAAAUUCUAUAGCAUCAAACAACGACGAAUCUUCAGGGGUGUCAUUGAAGAGAAUAAGAAUGUUUAGUAGAAAAUCAUCAAAAAACAACAUCAGUCUUCAACAACAACAACAACAGCAGCAACUGCAGCAGCAACAAACUCAAUCACAAACAGCAAGCCCCGCCAUUUCAGCAAUCAGUUCAGACAUGCCUGCUAGCUUCAAUUUAGAUAUGAGUGAAAUCCUGCAACCAGAUCAAACUCCACAUCAGAAAACUACAUACCAAGAGAUUCUGGGACGCGCUAAUGACGACUCGAUUCUCAAAUUGUUACAGUUCAAUAAAAGAAGAUACAUGGAAAAGUACGGUGCAUCUGACAAAAAAGUGGUAGACUCUCUAUUCAAGAUUUACUCCAAUGACCCAAGCUUAAAUGAUUCAUACAAGGAUGAGGAAUUUGAACCUUAUAAACCAUUAAUUCCACAGGACCUUUUACCUUCCAACUUGCUUAUCAUUAUCUUUGAAAACUCCUCAGAGUUAGGUAACUAUCGGGAUGUUUGCAGUUUCCACUAUGAAGAUUUAACAAAACUCAAUUAUAAUUCGCCAAACCCUUCUACCAAAACAUUGAUUCACGACUUACGUAACCACUUACCCAAGUGGAUUGGCCAACCUAUAUUAUACGAUCUUUUCCCUUCUAAAGAGUGUCCUAAAAUUGCAUUUCAAUUAUACGAAAUUGACUAUGCACAUUUACCCCCUAAUAAAAAGAUUGGUGGUAAAACUCAGCGUAAAAUAAAGAAACUCCCUGUCUUAGAAAGCUCAAUCAAGCUCACAUCCCAUAACAUGCUUAGGGUUAGUAAAAUCCUAACUUACUUGACUGAAAAAUUCGAUACAAGAACCUCUGAAAUGAAGGAUCAUAAAAAUCCUACCGAGUGGUUGGUUUUAGAAUGUAAAGGCGAAGAAUUGCCCAACAGCAUGACUCUACAAACCAUUAAAACCAAAAUAUGGAAGAGCAGCUCUGAUAUUGAGCUUAAGUUCAGAAGAAAGUUUGAUUAAAAUGAUUUUAAAUGUAUAUAAAUGGUAUAAGUAUUUAAUGUAAGUGUCACGUGACUCUCUUUUGUG